AAACGCCCUCUGCCCCGCCCUGGGCUUCUCCGGAUAAGGAAUGUGCUCUUGCUGCCACGGUUUCUGCCUGCUACAGGCCGGGGCUUCUGGGACUUGUAGUCGCUGCGGACAGGCGCCGUCGGGAUGGAAGCUUCCUGGCGCCAGGUGGCCGGUGGCCGAGGCCGUGCCCGAGGACGGGCCAGUGCAGCCCCCUCCCCGGGGAAUGGAGUCCCUCUGCACGGCGCGGGAGGAGGGCGAGAGAAGAGGUCGGGGGGCUCCGUCCUUUCUGGCCCCAGCCCCGGAGGAACCGAGACCCCCGCGGCUGCAGAGCUAAUGUCCCAGAGGAAAUUUGAGGAAAUCAAGAAGGCUAAUCAAGCUGCAGCCAGAAAACUUGUUGAAGAACAUUUUAGUUCAUCUGAAGAGGAAGGAGAUGAAGAAUUUGAAGGGAAACAGGGAAAAAUAAUUGCUAAUACAUUUACAACAUACGCUACUCAGACAGAUGGAGAUACACGUGAAUUAGAGCGAACAAAACAGUACGUAAAUGAAGCUUUUCAAGCAGGGGCUAUGACAUGCUUGAUUUGUAUUGCUUCAGUGAAGAGAAACCAAGCAGUUUGGAGCUGUAUGGGAUGUUUCUGUAUAUUUCACAUGCCCUGUAUCCAGAAGUGGGCUAAAGAUAGCCAGUUUCUUCUUUCUUCUCUGAUGGAUGAUGAUUUUGGAACGAGAGAUUAUCCUUGGCCUUGUCCGAAGUGUAGGUUUGAAUACAAACGGUCAGAAACGCCUAGUAGGUACUAUUGCUAUUGUGGAAAAGUAGAAGAUCCACCUUUAGAUCCAUGGCUUGUGCCUCACUCAUGUGGUCAAGUAUGUGAGAGAGAGUUUAAACCACCUUGUGGCCAUAAGUGUUUACUCCUCUGUCAUCCAGGUCCUUGCCCGCCUUGUCCAAAAAUGGUCACAACUACUUGUUACUGUAAGAAAGCAAAACCCAUCCCUCGUAGAUGUAGUGCCAAGGAAUGGUCCUGCCAGCAGUUAUGUGGGCGAAAGUUGCUUUGUGGGCAACAUAAGUGUGAAAAUCCUUGUCAUGCAGGAAGUUGUCAACCUUGUCCAAGGGUGAGUAGACAAAAAUGUGUCUGUGGCAAGAAAGUAGCUGAAAGAAGCUGUGCAAGUCCAUUGUGGCACUGUGAUCAAGUAUGUGGAAAAACACUGCCCUGUGGUAAUCAUACUUGUGAACAAGUUUGCCAUGUUGGUAGUUGUGGAGAAUGUCCUCGAUCUGGGAAAAGGUUCUGUCCAUGUCAGAAAUCAAAGUUUUCUUUGCCCUGUACAGAAGAUGUACCAACUUGUGGAGAUAGUUGUGACAAAGUUCUGGAGUGUGGAAUCCAUAGAUGCUCACAGCGUUGUCACCGAGGUCCUUGUGAAAUAUGUAGACAAGAGGUGGAAAAGCUUUGUCGCUGUGGAAAGCAUACAAAACGAAUGUCAUGUCAUAAACCUUAUCUGUGUGAAACUAAAUGUGUUAAGAUGCGUGACUGUCAGAAGCAUCAGUGCAGGAGAAAGUGUUGCCCUGGGAACUGUCCACCUUGCGAUCAAAACUGUGGACGGACUUUAGGAUGCAGAAACCAUAAGUGUCCGUCUGUCUGCCACAGAGGCAGUUGCUAUCCAUGCCCAGAAACUGUAGAUGUGAAGUGCAAUUGUGGAAAUGCAAAGGUGACAGUGCCCUGUGGUCGAGAAAGAACCACAAAACCACCCAAAUGCAAAGAGCUGUGCAGUCGACCACCAACAUGUCACCAUGCAAGUCGAGAAAAACAUCGCUGUCACUUUGGUCCCUGUCCACCAUGCCAUCAGCCGUGCCAAAAAGUUUUGGAGAAGUGUGGUCACUUGUGUCCAGCUUCAUGUCAUGACCAAGCAUUAAUAAAGCAGCCUGGCUGGCAUCAACCUACAGGCCCUUGGGAGCAACCUUCUGAACCAGCAUUUGUUGAGACCGCGUUACCUUGUCCUCCAUGUCAAGUUCCUAUUCUUGUGGAAUGUCUGGGGAAGCAUGAGGUGAGUCCCCUACCAUGCCAUGCUGUAGGGCCCUACUCCUGUAAGAGAGUUUGUGGAAGAAUCUUAGAUUGUCAGAAUCAUACUUGUUUGAAAGAAUGCCACAAGAUAACUGAAGUUGAUGCCUACUGUAACAAAAACAAGGCUGGCCCAGAAUGCCUUCGUUGUGAAGAAGGGUGCUCUAAAUCACAGCCGUUGGGCUGCCCUCAUCCAUGUGUCUUGCCAUGUCACCCUGGAGAAUGUCCUCCUUGUGUUCAGAUGCUUAGGAUAAAAUGUCAUUGCAAGAUCACAAGCCUGUAUGUGGAAUGUAGAAAAAUAACCACAGCUGAUGUAAAUGAAAAGAACCUCCUCAGUUGUUGCAAAAAUCAGUGUCCUAAAGAGCUUCCUUGUGGUCAUAGAUGCAAAGAGAUGUGUCAUCCUGGUGAGUGUCCCUUUAAUUGCAACCAGAAAGUUAAACUUAGAUGUCCUUGUAAAAGAAUAAAAAAGGAAUUGCAAUGCAAUAAAGUACGUGAAAAUCAAGUUUCUAUAGAAUGUGACACAACAUGCAAGGAAAUGAAGCGGAAAGCAUCUGAGAUAAAAGAAGCAGAAGCCAAAGCUGCUCUUGAAGAGGAAAAACGAAGACAACAGGCUGAACUGGAGGCUUUUGAAAACAGACUGAAGGGUCGUCGGAAGAAGAACAGAAAAAGAGAUGAAGUGGCAAUUGAGCUAUCGUUUUGGCAAAAAUACAAAUAUUAUUGUCUUCCAGCAUGUGGAGUUGCAGUGGUAGUGUUUGCAUGGUACAUCACCCUUGUUAUGGAUUAAAUACAAUGUUCAUCUUUUUUUUUUUUUUUUUGGUACCGGGGAUUGAACUCAGGUCCUUGCGCUUUGCAAGGCAGGCCACCGAACCACUGAGCUAAAUCCCUGGCCCCACAAUGUUCAUCUUUAAUAUACCUCAGAUUGAAUUUAGAUAAAUUGUUUAGGAUAUUAAACGAGGCAUAUUGUAGAACAUGACACAGUUCACAUUCAUAUCUUAUAUUCUCCAGCUGUUGGUAGAAGGGCAGAAUGUUAAGCUUUAUCUUUAUUAAUAUUCUAGAAAGGGCAGUAGAACACUGUUUAAAUCAAAAGCAUGACUGAAAUUGUGAAGUAUUUCAUAAGGCUUACCUAGUGGCAGAGUUACAUGUUUGUCAUUCAUUGUGCUUUUCUUUGUAGUAACUUAGUUGUUUCAUUUACUAUUUCAGAUCAGUAUUUAAAAUUUUUUAAAAUUCAGAUGAAACUGAGCCAUAUGUGCAGAAAGAGGAAUAUUUCUCAAUGUUUCAGUUACUUAGUACUUUUCUUGAUCUUGUAACUUUGUACAUUUUUAAAAAAGAGAUUCUCUAAAAGAUCUUUUAAAUUGUAACAUGAAGCUUUAGUUAGGGAGAAAUAAAUUUUACAUAAUGUGUUACUCAGAAAAGAUAGUUGUUUCCGCAAAUGCCAGGCUAGGUUUUUCACAUAUGGCUGUUUCCUGUGCAAGGUAUCUUUCAACUGAAGUUUUGUAAAACUUGUAUGUAUCUUUUAAAGAUAAUAAUAAAAGAAAAACUAAUAUUUAUGGCUAAUAUGUGCUGAGCACAGGGUUUACGUAUGGAAUUGAUUCUCAUUUCUUUAUCACAAUUUUAGGUAGAGUAUAUAGCUAGAAAUCUUAUGAAAACAAAUCAAUAUCAGCCAAUUUUGUUGAA